AAUCAUUGCCCGAAGGUGUGACGGGCCUGCAUGGGAAUACUGAAUGACAUCAUUCAUCAGGAACUUGCGUAGCGUAAAUUAGGAUAGUGCUCAUAUUUCUUGGAUUUGGACUAUUAUUUUUUAUUUUAAGGGAUCAGAUUGGGACUUCCUGAUUGUUAAUUUGUGCCGCAUCUCGUCGUAAUUUCCCAUGCUUGGCUUGAGAAAGAGAAACCGUGCAAAUGGUGAAGUGAGAAAGUGCGUACUGUGUCCAAAGUUGGAUUAUAGUGAAACAUAAUUAUCCAAAUUUUACAAUAAAUGUCUCGAUGAAAAUGAUGUCUGUGUACUAUUUCAGUAUCAUAGCAAUUUUCGGCUCAUUGCAAGUUAUUGCUAAUAACGAUUAUUACGUUAAACUGUCACACGAUGGUCCAGUUGUCUUGGGUGGUUCGAUAACAUUCAGAGCUGAUGUUUUUGCCCGGGAUGGGUCAAGACCUCAUUUUAAAUUUAUCUAUGAAUGGUCAGAUAAUGCUUUUAGAGGACACCAUUUCUUGUCGCCUCCAACGAGGAAUGCAACAGCGUACUACACUGUAAGUUAUCCUGAAUCUGAGGGUUAUGUUAUUGGUAUCUAUGAGAUGGAAGUAAAAGUUACAAAAGAGUAUCUUCCAUUUUUGUGGCAUCUUAUCACAAGCCGUCGUAUUGAGUAUCAAGUAACGCAACUUCUGAAUGGUAACGUUACCAUAGUUCAGUCAAAUAAGACCGUAGAAGGCACCUACGUUUCUUCAGGUUCAGAAGCAGACAUAAAAAUUGAGUUGCGGGAAGGCGACGCUCAGUUUCUUUCGAAUAAUGCGACUUUGGUCUCUACCUAUUGGUUUAUAGACUGCAAGUAUUAUGGGCAGACGAACGAUUAUAAUUUUAAAACUAACUUUACGAAAGUGAACACUACAUACAACAUAGAAGCACUGAUAGUGGCUUCGUUUGAAUCACCUCAAACCAUUUCUGUUAAUAGUUCAACAGCUUCGAAUUCUUCGACAACGUCGAGUCCUAUAAUUUUGAAGCCUGCGAUACCAAUAACAAUGGCGAUAAGUGCACCAAAUGCGACAACAAUCACACCUAAUACGACGGUAUAUCCACUUGGGAAUUUAUCGUUUCCGUUCGUCUGCUUGAACUCGUCAAUCAUCCCUCCUGAUCCUAAAAAGACCUAUGGAUACUUCAACAAAGAGAUUAAUGUUAAAGCCCCAAUCGCCGAAAUAGCAGUAGAGGGUACAAACUGGAUACGACCAUGGGAUAUGUUAUCCCUAAACGUAACCUGCAAAGGCUCAGGCCCUUUCUACAAGUGCCUUCAAUACCAUCGUGGCAAAUAUAACAUUACAGGCAACGAGACUUGUUACGAUACUGACCAUCUUCAAACCUGCAACUUCUCCAUCAUUCACUACUUUCUUGAGCCUAGUGUUUCCACAAUCGUAAUGAUUCUCCAAAACGAUGUCAGCACUCAAAUAUAUCCAAUCACCGUUAACAUAUACAGUGCCACCGUUCAGCCUCAGCUAUCAGUAAUCAUCGUGCCAGUCACCUGCUCAUUGGUCGCUAUCGUACUAAUCAUUUUCGGAAUUGCGUACUAUAUUCAGAGCAGAGCCAGGUUUACCGUCGAAGUAGCGGACUUCGAUUUCGGGAAAAGCAAUUCGGAAAUGGAGUAUAAAACUUUUAGGGAGAGAUUGCGAGAUUCAUUCAAUAACGCUGUAAGACCUGGAAUUACAAGAAUAAUACGCCCACCCUACUAUGGAAGCAUGAACCACUGACUGAUUUUUCACUAAUCAUGAUCUAUCUUCUGCAAAGAUCGAAAAUGGUUACAAACCGCUGCACGAUUCGCAAAUUUUGCAAUGAGGGCGCCUUCAAAACAAAAUACGUACUCCUGAAAUAUUCGCCUGCUUAUGUUGAGAAGAAAGUGACUCCGUUUGUAGUGAAAAGACAUAAUACAUUUUUAAUCCAAAUUAAAGUAGUUGUCUGCAUUCGGAUAGUGAAACGCGCUUAUUUGUUACGAACUUUUGGACGAUAUAUAAUUCUGGACUCAGUAUUCGUAGACAUUAAUUAGCAGUAGACACUUAACUAUCUACUGCACGAUGAUUUCCAGUAAACCGUGAAAUAUAACAUUUAAUUGGAAUUGUAUAUAAAGAAAGUUAUACAUAGGCUGUGAAAAUGGAACACAAGAGAAUGUUAAUUUUGCAUUACAUUUUACGAGGUUCGUGUCCAAAAGUAGCAUUAUCUUUUGGAACUAGACCUUUAGGAAAAAUGCAAAUUAAUUAUAAUCUGCAAACAAAAACUGCUCAUAGAAAUGUGUAAUAUUUUUAUUUUAUAGGGCGACUUUUGCUGUUAUACUGUAAAUUUCUAUGGUUAGAAUCUAAUCAACUAAACGCUUGAGAUCUUUGGAAUUAUCUUCGUGUAACAACACCAGCUUUGGACUCAUCAGAAUUUUAUGAAAAGUGUUGAAAUUUCACAAGAAGGUAAUUCCAGAUUCGAUACAAAUUAAUGUUUUACUUUUUAUAGAAUUUUGCGUAAUCUACGAGUUACUCUUAUUUCUUAAUAUUAUGCCGGAACCUAUACGGUUUGGUCAAAUAAUUAUUUGUAUGUAUGUAUGUUUGUAUAGUUUCUGAUAUGUAUAUAAUAUAUUGUAAAGACACACAGAA